AUGUCUUUCAGCUUACUCGAUGUUGUUAAACAAUGCGACAACUUUCCCUAUCCAGAGGAUAUCGCUGAACUUCGAAAAUUGAACGCCAUUCCACUUGUACUUGAUAAAUUUAAACUCGGACUUUUACCUCCCUCCACCGUUCAAGCCUUACGAGUAUAUAAUGAGGAGCGUGAGGGUCCCAGACCUUUUGUCAUUGAAAAAGAUUUCGUCACGUUUUCUCCGCACGUCAAAUCGUUUGAACAACGUACGGAAGUGGUAAGAUUAGUCGUUGACACCUGGAGGAAAGAAAAAACCUUUCCGGCUUUAGAAGGUUGGCGUGACGAAUUAUACCCGGUGUACGGAGAUCCUAGCGGUCCGUCCAACAUGGCCUUCGUCAUGGAACGUUCGGCAACUCCUCUAUUUGGUGUGUUAUCUUUUGGUGUCCACCUAACCGGUUUCGUUAAAACAAAGGAAGGUGAAUACAGAUUUUGGAUCGCCAAGCGUUCAAGCACGAAACCAACUUGGCCCGGCUGUUUGGAUAAUACAGUUGCAGGCGGGAUACCGUACAAUUCGUCCGUCUCGGGAACCAUUAUAAAGGAAGCCAUGGAGGAAGCCAACUUGCCAGAAGAGGUAGCAAAGGAAGCCAUUCCUGCAGGGGCCAUUACUUAUUUUACGGUGAACGAGCGUGGACUGCAACCUGAGGCACA